AUGAAGAACCUAGCGGGAAAGGUUGGAUUUAAAGGUCGAUGGAGUUCGCACUUCGCCCUGGGUUCUAGUAUCUGCCCCGCUGCGACAUGGAGGUAUUCGUGUGUUUAACGGGUCCAUUGGAUUGAGCUUUCAGCUGACUGUCUUCUCAGCUCCGACUGAGCGCUUCGCCGCGGCCGAGACCCGCGUCCCCCGCACACACGGGCGGGGUUAACCUCUCUCACCGGGCCCCGCACACACGGAGGUGGCAGAGAGAGCCCUUCCUUCACUCCGCUUUCUCAAACUGGGCGAGAGAAACCGUGAGUCAGUGAGCCAUUGAGGAAGUGCCGAGAGAGAGAGAGAGGGGAUUAAAGUCAGCACGCAACUGGAGGACCAGCUCGAAUGUCUGUCCCCUGAAACAACUCGGUACCAUGGCCAUGAAUAUCGAAGAAAAGUGGCCGGUGCCAAUGCGAGCAAUUGGAGCACAGAACCUCCUUACCAUGCCGGGAGGGGUAACACUAUGUGGCUACCUUCAUAAGAAAGGGGGUUCCCAGUGGAAGAUCAAGAAAUGGCCUCUACGAUACGUGAUCAUUCACAGGGGCUGCCUAUACUACUUCAAAUCCAGCACUGCUGCCAGCCCACAGGGGGCCUUCUCUUUAAAUGGCUACAACAGGGUUAUGAGGUCGACGGAGGAAACAACAUCAAGCAAUGUAUUCCCCUUCAAAAUCAUCCACGUUAACAAGAAACACAGGACCUGGUUCUUCUCAGCUGCCUGCGAAGAGGAGAGGAAGAUGUGGAUGAUGAGUUUGCGAAAAGAAAUUGAUCGAUACCAUGAGAAAGCGGACUCACAAGGAAACCUGAGUAUCUGCUCGGACACAGAGAGUUUUUAUGGUUCAAUUGAAAGCCCCGUGGAGAUUAACUACAAUUUAACAGAACCUGAAACUGGAGAUUAUGCAGAAGAUGAUGAGGAUGAUGAAGAUGAUUACUUGCGACCAGAUGGGCUGCAGGAAAGCCCGAGGCCAGAAGAAGAUUUCCAUCCAGUCCAGCCAACAAGAAAGAGUAUGAAGUCAGUACCUCCUCUGCCAUCUCUCGUUCAGAAGUCACCACCUCCUCUGCCACCUGCUGUUCAGAAGCCAUCACUUGGGUUAGCUGCUGGGAAAGAGGACUCGCGGGACUGUUUGCCGCAGCCUCUACCUGAUGCAUUUUGCAGACUUGCCUCAGGUUGCCCAACUCCUCUUCCAGCUCAUUCAAAACCCACUUUUGCCAAGGCGGAGCCACGUCAGAAACUCGUAGAAGCCCCAAAUGCUGGUGUCAAAAGCAAAGGCAACUUUGCAUUGGACUUAAAUAAACAUCUUCAGCAGGCGAUUGGAAACAGGGAAGCAUUCAAUGGUCAGUCUCUUCAAUCGCCUUUGCAGAAAGGAACUACUGCUGGACUCCCUCCGGUGCCUUUACAUAAAGGAUCUAGUAGUGGAAUUCCUCCAGUGCAUUCUCACAAAGGAUCUGGAACCCCUCCCCCUCCUUCCAAUAAAAGUUCUAGUGGUGGAACCCCUCUAAUAUCUUCUCACAAAGGAUCUGGUGAUGGACCCUCUCUAUCACCUUCACACAAAGGACCUCCUCCAAUACCUCCCACUAAAAGAUCUACUGGUGGACCUCCUCCACUGCCUGUCAACAAAGGAUCAGGUCCUCCUCCAGUGCCUGUCAACAAAGGAUCUGGUCCUCCUCCAGUGCCUGUCAACAAAGGAUCUGGUCCUCCUCCAGUGCCUGUCAACAAAGGAUCAGGUCCUCCUCCAGUGCCUUUCCACAAAGGAUCAGCUCCUCCUCCAGUACCUGUCAACAAAGGGUCAGGUCCUCCUCCACUGCCUGUCAACAAAGGAUCAGGUCCUCCUCCAGUACCUGUCAACAAAGGAUCAGCUCCUCCUCCAGUACCUGUCAACAAACCAACAUUGUCACAAAUUCCAUCUCAGACUGAAGAGAUAAAACCUAAACUAUAUAAACCAGAACUAUUACAAAAAACAGCUUGCAAAUUUCCAACACCACCACCUGCUUCUGUUAAGCCUAAGACUGAAAAGCACAACACUCUUCCCUUGCACCGUUCAUCUCCCGAUGGACAAAGCUUUCGCUCUGUUCCAACUGAAAAACCACUCCCUCGACCACGGUCUCAAUCCCAGCCAGCGGAGCUGAUUCACCAGUCUGACGAUGAUGAUGACUAUGAAGAUGUACAGCUACCAGCCUCUGUGUUUAUCAAUACAACAGAAUCCAAUGAUGUCGAGAGGUUGUUCAUAUCUACAAGUCCUGACAACAAACCACAGCAUGGGUUGUACGGCAUCAGGAAUUCUUCAAAGUCUGGAAAGGUUUUAGUUGUAUGGGAUGACACAGAGAAGAAAGUGAGGAACUACAGAAUAUUUGAAAAGGAAUCCCAGUUAUAUUUAGAAGCCGAGAUAAAGUUCAUGAACCUCACAAGCAUGGUUGAAUAUUAUUAUGUCAACCUGCUCCCGACCCAUGAGAAUCUAUAUCUUAAGGUACCCUAUGGCUCCUGGAAGAUGUCCUCAUAUCAUCACAUCAGCUCGGGAGUACACAAAGGAGACAUCUGUUGACUUGAAACAAAGUGAAAUGGCUGUGAUGAGAGAAUUUAAAAGCUGCACAUUAAAAGGUUGGAAACUCUUUGACAUUUACAAGAAGGGAACAGUAACACAUUGCGUUCCUGAAGAGAUGUGUAUCUCACUUCAUUAUUGACACUGAUCUAUAUACUCCAGGUAAUCCUUCCCUCUUGUUGUGAAGGACAUGAUCUCUAAUCAACGCAAUGAUGACUCAACUGAAAUAGCUACAAGAGGAAUCGGUCAGGCAUCCACUUUACAUUAUAAAGUAAUAUUAAGUUGUAUAUACCUUAAUUUAAGAGAACUAUACCAUGGAAUAAUGUGUAAAUAUACAUACAGAUAAAUUAUUUAGAAAAUGUACAUAGAUCGUUUUUAAUGGAAAUAGACUAUUUUUGAGAAGCAUUUGUCUGAAAAAUCUUUGUUUAUAGUGGUAAGUGUGUAAUUUGGCAAGCACUGAGGAUGAAGACCAUCGGUCCCUCAGUCAAAGGCAGAGGUCGACAAGGUUUAAACUCCAUCAGAUGUACCUUAGCCCAUUUUACCAACAGUUCAGUAAGAGCCAGGGCAGAUCAACUAUGGUGGAGCAGGCCCAAUGGAUUAAAUGGUUUACUUAUCAUCAUCAGGUAAUAUUUCCCUCCUUAUGAAAGGAAAGCAAACAAAAAUUGGACCCUCAGCUAAUGUUUCCUUCACAUAUCCAAAACAUUAGGGACAGCAUCUGCUACCAAACAGAAUUAUAUCAGGAAUCCUGUCUAUCUCAGUAGCUAAAGGAUCUUCAGAAGAAGCUUUUGCUGUUAGAAUCAAAGAGUAGCAUAGAAGGGAACCAGGCCUUUCAGCCCAACUCAUUCAUGCUAAUCAUGAUGUUUGUCCUAUUUGCCUACAUUUGACCAUAUCCCUCUAAACCUUUUCUGUCCACAUAGCUGUUUUAGUGUAUUUAAAUGUCAUUGGACCUGUCUCAACCUCAAUCUGGCAGCUCAGUUUAUAGAUGCACCACCUUCUGUAUGAAGUUGCCUUUCUCAUCUUAGACCUUUGUCCUCUGGUUUUCAGUAAGUUAGAAACUCACACCAUAUCCCUGAAUCUAUUAAACUGCUGAUUCUUAAAUACCAUGAUAUAGAGCAGAAUUAGGCCAUUAGGCCCAUCAAGACUGCUCUGCCAUCUGAUCAUGGCUAAUUUAUUAUCCCUAUAAACCCCAUUUUCUUGCCUUCCUGUAGCCUUUGAUGCCCUUACCAAUCAAAAACUUACCAACCUCUGCUUUAAUUAUAUACAAUGACUUGGCCUCCACAGCUGUCUGUGGCACUGAAAUCCACAGAUUUACCACCCUCUUGCUUAAGAAAUUCCUGCACAUCUUUGUCUUUCUAUUUUGAGGCUGUGCCUUCUGGUCCUAGACUCUCCCACUAUUGGAAACGUCCUCUCCACAUCCACUGAAACUAGACCUUUCAAUAUUUGAUGUGUCCUGGAUUAGUUAGGGGUUGUGUCCCUUCUUAUUUUUGGCAAUCCCUUAAGACUGGGGAUGACUUGCUGCUACUCCAUUUCUCUGGGUUCUGACAUGGCUGAAGAGACCAAACUUUGAUUCUCCUCACUCUGUCAGGUGAUGAGUUCUUAUAGGAUGUGAUCCUGAUUAAAAUAAUUCAGUUUCUCACUGCCAUCAUGGAUGCCCGUUCACUAUCCUGACUGAAACCGUGGAUUCCUUUUGUAAAGAAAUUUUAAUGUGUUUCCUUUGUCUACCUGUUAAUCUCUUGUGACAGAGAUCUGAGCCCCUUCCAUUAUUUGUGAAAUUCAAUUGUAAUUACAGCUUCAAUCUCAGGGCAGAUUGGUUUAAAAGUAGAUGCUGAAAUUGGUUCAUUAAACCUUAUAAUGGUUUCAAAGGACUUUGUGAAGUCAGCAUCAUUCCUGUCUUUGAAUUACCUGCUGUUGGCAAUCUGUGGCUGUGCCAGUAUGGGGACUGUACUUCCCUCAAUCACAGGACUCUACAGAGAGUGGUGCAGACAGCCCAGCGCAUCUGUAGAUGUGAACUUCCCACUAUUCAAGACAGUUACAAGGACAGGUGUGUAAAAAGGGCACUAAGGAUCUUUGGGCCCCAAUUCACCCCAACCACAAACUGUUUCAGCUGCUACCAUCUGGAAAACGACACCACAGCAUAAAAGCCAGGACCAACUGGCUCCAGGACAGCUUCUUCCAUCAGGCCAUCAGACUGAUUAAUUCAUGCUGACACAACUGUAUUUCUAUGUUAUAUUGACUGUCCUGUUGUAUAGACUAUUUAUUAUAAAUGACUAUAAAUUGCACAUUGCACAUUUAGA